AUUCUAAAAUGGAUGAAAAUGAAGAUUUGUUGAAAGACCUAAUCAAACAUGCAAAGAAGAGGCCAGAGUACGCCCGCAUGGUGUCAUGGGAAUUUAAAAAUGAAACCAAAAUGCCAAACAGAAAGAAGAAGCAGCUGCAGAAAGAAUCCCUCAAAGAGCAAGAGGCAAGUAAAGCUAAGGAGGAAAAGGACAAGAAGUUCUCUUCAUCAUCAGCACAGAAAGAAGAAUUCGAUUCAGAGAGUUCUUAUUACUCAGCCGAGGAAGGAAUGGACUCGGAAGAAUCUACAGGGAGUUUGGAGGAAGCUGUAGAUGAGAUUAAUUUACAAAAUGAAGUAGGUUUUAUGAAUUUUCCUUCACAGACAAACACUCGACACAGAGCUCCAAGUAAAAAGCAGAAACGUAAAAGACGAUAUCAGAUGACUUAUUGUGAUCAGAUUCUGCCAUUUAUGAACUGUGGCCUUAGCAUUGAGGAGGAUAUCCAAGAAGUUGUGUCUGAAAUCCAGGGGAAACAAAUCACUGUGUUGAGGGAAGUGCCAAGUCUGUCCUUUCUAUGUAUUAAGAUGCUGAGAGGAGUUAGGUUCCCUUCAGACUCUAUGCCCCAUCUAAUUAAGUCCCAGAUCUAUGGUGCCAACACAGACUUACAAUUUAAGAAAUUUCAGUAUGGAUGGCUGUUAAACAUGCUGGCUUUUGUGGAAAAGAAAGAAGAAAAUUAUUUGUACUGGGAAAGAAAACCAGGAUUCAAUGAAUUUUCUCAGGUAUCAACACUUCCAAUGUGCAGUGUGUGGUAUUCUCUGCCUUAUGUAAAGGGAUCAAGCACACAGUUUACAAAUGUUUACAACAAGAACAAAGUCACAGCUUGUAUGAUGUACACCAGUGGACAUGCAAUAUGCCCACCACUUCUGCAGUAUGAUUCUCAUUCUUCUGCUGCAAUAUUGCAGUAUAUGCCUUGGUUUUUGUCAGUACUGGGGACUUUAAUUGAAUGUAUGCUUCCAUCUCAAAUAUCUUGGAGGAAAUUAAAGGGUAAAGUCCCCUAUCAGAGUGAGGAGGCACACCUGAGAAUGGCUGCCAAAACUGCUGGUCAACAAAUAAAACAUACUCUAUCUAAAAGACUUCCAAAAAUCGUCAAAGAGUUCUUCGAUGUGGCCCUACCUUAUGCAUUCUGGGCUAGAGGAGAUAUCCAGCAUGCAACAGAACUGUUCUGCCAGCUUUCUCAGUCAGAAAAAAGAUAUAGAUACAGGGCAGCAUUUUUGAAUGAAGCAGGUCGAAUGCAUGCCAUAUCAGGAGAAACAACUAGUGCUGUCAAAUUUUACAGAUUAGCUUCAGAGGCUACCCUAUCUAAACCCCAAAAUACCCAGCAUGCUCCUGAAAUAGAGGGUCAGGCUAUGAUGCUGCUGGCCAAUCUGAAUGACCAGGG